GUUUCGUUUCUAAUCCCAGCCAUCACUCCCAAAUUCCCAGCGGCUGGCAUGCCUCAACUGUUGCUCGAUGAAGCCGAGAGAUGACCAGAUGUCGGAGAGUGGAUAGGGCCGGAUAGCUUCUUCACGCAGUCGCGGUUCAUCCUCUCCUGCCUCCCCGAGAGCUGACUGUAAGUGGAUCGCGAGGUGCCCGCUAUACCUCUCUGGUGGUGACGGAUCUCGCACACUCCACGCUCGUGUGGUAGUGGCGGAGCUCGGGCGGUCCAUGGCCCUGGCAGAGGUUGGCGAGGGCAUGUUCCCGGCUACUCGCGACGACGUUCAGCGGCGGUGGCUGAGGUUGCGUGGGCCUCGCUUGGGUGGAUCUCUCGGCGACUUGCGAGGGGCCUAGGCAUGGCAGUGGGUUCCAUGACAAGGAGGUCGUCUAGAUCUGGUGAGCAGCGGUCCUAGAACGUAGCAACCAUGCUGUGUGGAGACCGGCAACGUCGCAGGACUGCUGUUCCCUCGGUGAUUGCGGUAGGCGACGUCGGGUGAGGCUCUGGCCGUUUGGUAUUGAUUUGGUAUUGUACUCUAUUUGGUCUUAGUCUAAAUCGUGAUGGCCUUGAUUUAGUUCUCUGAUUUCUCCUGGUGUUUAUAUGAUGAUAUAGAUUUGGUAUUGUAUACUCUAGUCUCGAUCUAAAUCAUGCUGGCCCACGUUUUGGUUCUCAGCUCUCUCUUGAUCUUUCCUGUUUUUUCCAAAUUAUUUUUGGCUCACGUACCAAUACGAAUUCAAGUCUCACCUUCCGUUUAAAAAAAUACGUCAAAGAGUCCGGACGAAGAUUUUGUCGGACGAAGGUUUGAUAGAGUUUGAUUUGAAAAAGUCUAAUUUGGGAGAGGAUUCUUCUUUCUAUUUCCCUUGCGUCUAAUCUCCCUGUCUUUAUAAGUAGCCAGACCAAAAAAAGAUCCAGACCAAACAAACGGCUGAAAUUUUAGAUUGGCAGAAAAAAAAGGGCAGACUGAAAUUUUGGCUUUUUAUUAGUAGGUAUAGAUUGAUGUCAUAUUUAAAACGCUAAUAUGGUAAAUGUUGUAGUAAGAAAAUUAGAGGCUGCUACAACUACUCUACACUACGACAUUUAGGCACAGGCUAAUUCGUGACAGUAGAAUAAAAAUGAGCGAUCAAUAUUUGUAACUAUUUUUUCUAGAAAGGUUGUCACAUGCUCCAACCAAGCACAUACUCCCUUCUUAUUCAAAGUCAAAGUCAUUUAAAACAACGAUACGGUCUCGAAAGCCUAACUUUAACUUCUUAUUUUUAUAAAAAUAUUUAUCAAAAAGUGGUAUAUGUAUAUUUUUAUGAAAAUAUUUUUCAAGAUAAAUAUAUUUAUAUAGUUUUCACAUCUCUAAAUUCAAUAACUUAAAAGUUAUUUAUGAUUUAUAUUCCUAAUGUUUGACCCAAAUCUCGUUCGAAACGACUUUCUUUACAGGUAUGGAGAGAAUAUGCAUGCAUGUCUGGCUUUGACAUCAUUUCUAAAAAAAUAUUUAUUUCAAAAUCUUAUAACUUCUGAAUAGUAUAUCUAUUUCUAAUUCUGUCUACACAUGCGUGUUCUAAUAUCAAAAGCAAUUGUGUGUCAAGCCUCCUUCCUUAUCCGUGAGUGGCAUCCUUCCAUAUCUUCAGCAUUGACUAGUAUGGAAAACAUAGAAAAUAAAAUUAAAAAUGGUAUUAGAGCAUAACCAUAAUAGUUAAGGUUGGACGAAAAACUCAAAAUUCGUUAGCUCGCUCGGCUUACCUCGACUCGGCUCGUUAUCAUAACGAGCCGAGCCGAGCUGACUCGUUAUCCAGCCUUAGAUAAUAGCCUAUAAUAUGGUCCAUUCAUUUGUAGGUGCUCAUUGUUGACAAUAGUACAACACAUUAUACUAUACUACCUUUAGCUAAGAAAUUAAUCAGCCUAUGUGUGAGCUUAAAAUUUCGUAUAUAUCUUGUAAUUAUAGUAUAUAUUGUUUUCUUGAUCACACAUUUUAUUAAGACACCUCAUGCAUCUAUUUAUCCUUAUCCACGUUAGCAAAAAGUAUUCAAUAAAAAUUCAUAUGUUUAUCGUUGUUCACAUUAAAAGAUGUUACACAACGACAACACAUGUUAUAUGCGUAGACAUCUCAAUACACGUCAUCAUUGUUAAAAAAACCCGAGAGAAUCGCGUUGGAAUCUCAAUGUCAUAUGUGUGUUAGCUAUUGUGUGCAUCUUUGAAUGUUAGGUGAACCCCUCUAUGUGUUGUAGUUUAUUCCGAUAUUAGUGUUAGGUGAACGUGAGUUUCUUUUUUUUUAUGCAGAGGUGUACUCGUAGAUCUCAUGUCAGUUGCAAAGUUUUUUUUCUUAGGAUGCGAAGAACGCACAUGUGCAAUAUGUUUUCGUCUACCCUCCCCAACCAUGACCUCUCAGGCUCUCACAGUCCCAGCCGGCCAGCCCAGCGCCCCGUGGUAUAAAUACGGGCACCCACCGUACAUGCCAAGGUCACAGUCCACUAGCUGCAGCUGAAGCUGAAGCAGGAGCAUCGGGACACAGCACAUGGGACGCGUCACCAUGUCGUCGUCCUCCGCCUGCGGUGAUGAGGAGGAGGAGGAGCAGCAGCAGCUGGUCUGCGUGACCGGCGCCGGCGGCUUCAUCGGUUCGUGGGUGGUCAAGGAGCUGCUCCAGCGCGGCUACCUUGUCAGGGGAACUGCAAGGAACCCUGAGCACGGCAAGAACGCGCACCUGCUGGCUCUGGACGGCGCCAAGGAGCGUCUCACCCUGUGCCGCGCCGACGUCCUCGACAGCGCCUCCCUCCGCGCCGCCUUCGUCGGCUGCCACGGCGUCUUCCACGUCGCCUCCCCGGUCUCCAACGACCCGGAGCUGGUUCCGGUGGCGGUGGAGGGCACCCGGAACGUCAUCACCGCCGCGGCGGACGAGGGCGUGCGCCGCGUCGUCUUCACCUCCUCCUACGGCGCCGUCCACAUGGACCCCAACCGCAGCCCCGACGCCGUCCUCGACGAGACCUGCUGGAGCGACUACGACUUCUGCAAGCGAUCAGACAACCUGUACUGCUGCGCCAAGAUGAUGGCGGAGAUCACGGCGACGGAGGUGGCGGCGGCCCGGGGGCUGCAGCUGGCAGUGGUGGUGCCGUGCAUAACCUUGGGGCCAAUGCUGCAGCAGACGCUCAACGUCAGCACCCACCACAUCUUGCGCUACGUCAUGGGCACCAAGAGGUCCAUCCCCAACGCCGUCGCCGCCUACGUCGACAUCCGCGACGUCGCGCGCGCGCACGUCCUCGCCUACGAGCGCCCCGCCGCGCGCGGCCGGUACCUCUGCAUCGGCACCGUGCUGCACCGCGCACAGCUCGUCGCCAUGCUCAGGGACCUCUUCCCCAAGUACCCCGUCACGGCCAAGUGCGAAGACGACGGUAAGCCAAUGGUGAAGCCGUACAGGUUCUCCAACCAGAGGCUCAGAGACCUGGGCUUGGAAUUCACUCCGCUGAGGGAGAGCCUGUACGAGACUGUGGUGUGCUUGCAGCAGAAGGGCCACCUGCCUGUCAUCAAACAAAAACAACGUGCGUGCUUGUAAAUCAGUGGACAUAUGCCGGGAUUUCCCAGAUAAUAUAGUCAGUAAUCAGUCUCAACCCGGGCAAACAUCUUUUCCAUUGCUUGAUUGCUAGUAGUCUAUCGUCUUCCUAAGGCACCCGUAGGAUAGGAAAUGAUGAUCAUAUAAACAGGGAAAACACCACAGAAAAAGGGGAAUGAAGUACAAGAAUACAUCAAUGCAAGUUCUACGCGUGAUUAUAUUGAUA